GGGCACCAAUUUCUCAAACAGCACAAUUGCACACCAUUUUACAGCUACUCAUGCAAGACCCACCUCAGUUUUCAUCAUACGCAUCCAUUUUUCAGCUCUUGACCGGUCACAAGACUCGCAAUUCCCUCAAAAUCGGCCAACAAGUUCAUGCCCACAUGGUCCUCCGAGGCCUCCAACCCAACGCCUUUGUUGGCGCCAAAAUGGUUGCAAUGUACGCUAGCUCAGUCGUGUGCGGACUUAUCGAGAAUUGGGUUGGGAAGAUGCAUUCAUGGGCAGAGUUUGAUAACUGGGUUGGGGUUUGAUAUGUAUGUUGGGACUUCUUUGAUUGAUAUGUAUGUGAAAUGUGGUGAAUUAAGUGAUGCUCGUAUGGUGUUUGAUGAAUUGCCCAUGAGAGACGUUUCGUCUUGGAAUGCUUUGAUUGCUGGGUAUAUGAAAGAUGGGAUGAUUCAUGUUGCAGAGGAUUUGUUUGGAAGGAUGUCCAAUAGGAAUAUUGUUUCUUGGACAGCUAUGAUAUCGGGAUACACUCAGAAUGGAUUGGGGGAACGGGCAUUGUGUUUGUUUGAAGAGAUGUUGAAGGAGGGUUCGGAGGUAAAGCCGAAUUGGGUGACAAUUAUGAGUGUACUCCCUGCUUGUGCACAUUCUGCUGCUCUUGAGCAAGGUCGAAGAAUUCACAAGUUUGCUAGGGGUGUUGGUUUAGAUUCAAAUCCUUCUGUGCAGACUGCGCUGGCUGCAAUGUAUGCUAAAUGUGGGAGCCUCGUUGAUUCCCGGUUCUGUUUUGGUCGAAUACAUCCAAACAAGACAGGUUUGGUUGCUUGGAAUACCAUGAUUACUGCAUAUUCUUCUCAUGGAUAUGGCGUCGAAGCUGUGAUGACUUUUGAGGAUAUGGUAAGGGCUGGGAUUCAACCUGAUGCAAUCUCAUUUACGGGUUUGUUUUCAGGUUGCAGUCAUUCUGGUCUUGUCGAUACUGGUUUGAAAUAUUUCAACUGUAUGAGUUCAGUUUAUUCAGUGGAACCAAGGUAUGAACAUUAUGCUUGUGUUGUGGAUCUUUUGGGCCGUGCUGGUCGAUUAUUGGAAGCAAAGGAGCUCAUUUAUCAAAUGCCAAUGCAAGCAGGACCAAGCAUUUGGGGUGCAUUGUUAGCUGGUUGUAGAAAGUACCGGAAUUUGGAGAUAGCAGAGAUAGCAGCUGGAAAGCUCUUUGUUUUAGAACCGGAGAACAGUGGAAAUUAUGUUUUGCUCUCAAAUAUGUACGCAGAAGCUGGGAUGUGGGAAGAAGUAAACAAUUUGAGAGCUCUAUUGAAAUGUGAGGGUAUGAAGAAGAAUCCUGGAAGUAGUUGCAUUGAGAUCAAUGGGAAAUCUGACUUGUUUCUUGGAGGAGAUAAAUCUCACCCACAAUCAAAGGAAAUUCACUUGUUAUUGGAGGCCUAGCCUGAAAAGAUAAAGGCAGCUGGGUACAUACCAGAUACUAGUUUUGCGCUGCAUGAUGUUAGUGAAGAAGAGAAAGAAUGCAACUUAAAGACUCAUAGUGAGAAGCUGGCAAUUGCAUUUGGGCUUCUUAACACAAGCCCAGAUACAGUUCUUAGAGUGACGAAAAAUCUUCGAACCUGUGGUGACUGCCACACGUUCAUAAAAUUCAUUUAAAAAAUCUAUAGGCAGGAGAUCAUUGUGAGAGAUGUAAAUCGUUUCCAUCAUUUUAAAGAAGGGUCUUGUUCUUGUGGAGACUAUUGGUGAUUAAAAGAGAGGUUAUUUUCGAAAGGGGUUUUCUCUAAGAUACUAUUGAGUUCUCACUCCUUUAAGUCGAUACUAUAUUUUGUGGUAAACCGUGACAAGUAAUCAUGUUUGUCACAAAUGUUUUGGCAAUGUUUUUAUUGGCUAUACAGUUUCUCACUAAUGCAGUCACUGAUAUAUAUAUUUUGUAUUACAUGAAUCAUCUCAUCCAUACUUUGUUUUAUCUUGUUAGUAUUAUGAUAGGAAUGCUGCUAAAAGAAAAGAAGCUGCCAAAGAUGCCAAGUGUCGCAAGCAAGAGGAUGUCACAAAGCUGGGGAAGGAGUUAGCAAGUAGUUGGAAGUUGGCUAGAUUAGCUAGCAGUCAAGUUCUGUUUUGAAUAUUGGUUACUCUGUUUUGGAUGUUAGUUACUGAUAUGGGCAGGAAAAACAGUUAGAACAGAGAAUAUUGUAUCAAUAGAGAUCAGAAAGAGGGUGUGGAUUGUUUUCUAAAACCUGUAUCUUCAUUUUUUUUUUAUCAUGAAUAAAA